CUUCAUUUCUCUCCCAAGCCCCAUCCUAAAACCCCAGUCCCCAGACACCUCUCUCUCUCUUUCUCGCUCUCUCUCGCUUUGGAAUCAACAGUUUCUCUAAUCUCCCUUUCUCAUUGAUGGCUGACGAUCAAGUGGAUUCUGAUUCAUACGCUGGUUCCAAGCGUAGAACCACUUUUGACGCUGAACAAGAAGAAGAAACUCUCUUUCAACUUCAACUUUUGUCUCCUCUCUCUGAAAUCACUACCCUCCACCACCACCAAGAAGAAACAGCUUUGGAUGAUAGCAGUCCCAAGAAGAAACUCAAGUGCUCUUCUCUUCUUUCUGAGGUAAACCAAGAACUGGGUCUUCAAUCUUCCACCGAGAAUGUUUCCCUUUCUGGGUCUUUUGAGAAAGAACAAAAAGAUAAUGUGAGAAGCAAAGAGGGCAUCUUUGGAGUUCAAGAAGUUGAUACCCAGGUCAAUGCCAUUCAAGUUGAUGGGGGUUCUGUUCUUGAAGCUAGUAAGAAGGAACAUCUGGGGACGUGUUUGGAAUUUGAGGAGAAAAGGGCUAUCAAAGGAAAAGCCUUGGAUUCUGAAAAUGUGCUGGAAGCUGAAAAGAAAAGACUUCUGGGUGAGCUUGAACUUGGGAAUAUUUUUGGUGCCAAAACCUGCACUGGACACACCUUUGGUUCUGCAACAGACUCGUCCAAGAUUGAUGAUGGCAAGAAGAUUGAUGGUAUCAAAGGACUUGAUUUACCUAUUAGAAGUUCUUUAAAGGUCGAAGUCAUCGAUGAUACGGCAUUGAUUGAAUCAUUUCCACUCUCCAAAACCGGAAAUGGCAGUGUAAAGGAUGAGAAGAAGAAGAAGGGAAACCAGGAAAUUGAUGGUAAGAAAGCUAAAAGAUCCCGAAGAAAGGGCAAGAAUGCGAAAAAGGUUUUAGGGGAAGCUGAGAGGAAUAUGGAGUUAACAAAAAUUGUUGUAGUUCAAAAUGGUAGGAAAGAAAGCAACACUCAAAGCAAGAGAAUGUACUCAAGAGAAGACUUAGAGGCUUUAAGGUUUGCUAAGGUUGUAGAACAGCGGAAAAUUUGGAUGGAUAUGUAUAAUGGUCUUGGUGCUGCUGUAAUCAAAGAGUAUGAGGACUUGGCAAUCUGGAAGCAUCAGAAGAACAUUAGUUUGAGCGCUGAUACUCGUCACUGCUUUGGAAGGAAGGCAGAGUCUCCUGCAAUUAUGAGGGAAGACUAUUUUGAAAAUGUGGAUAAUGAACUAAAAUACAUGGAGGAUAAUGGGACUGAAAAUGUAUAUUCGUUGCAUCUUACUUGUACACAUGAUGUUGGAGAUGAAGAUGCCUUCAUUGAUGUAGAAGAAGAAUGUAUUGAAGAUGAUAACAGUGAUGAAGAUUAUACCAGCAUUCUUAGGCCUGCUUUCAUUGUAGAAGGGGAACCUGACUUUGAUUCUGGUCCUCCAGAGGAUGGAUUAGAAUAUCUUAGGCGUGUCAGGUGGGAAGCUGCUCAAAUUCCAAAAGUAACUAUUGCCAAGCCUGACAGGACUAAAUUGAACGAGGAACAAAGUGUUUACAUGCCUCAGAUUCCUGAAAUUGCCAAGUGUCCAGAACAUUUACUGCCAUUGAAACAGUGGGAGGAAGCAUUUCUUGCUGAUUUUUCCGAGCUACGACUGACUCUGUCACAUUUGGAGUAUCCCAGCGUUGAAAUUUCUUGUAAACUGCCAAUGUUUACCGUUCAAGAGGACAACUUGUAUCAGCUUCCUGAGAGUGGUGUUGAGAAAUGUAACAACCUUACAACCAGUGAAGUCCUUUCUGACGGGACAUCUUUGUCAAAUGCUACAGACACUGUGAUUCUACUGUCUCAUCAGAAUCUGAGUGCUAAAACCUCUGUUAGUGAUACUUGUGAUGACUACCCAGCCUUGUCUGCCAUUCAAAAGAUGGACUCUGUAGCUCGAGUUUCAAUGCUUAGGAAACGCAUAAGCUCAGUUGAGACCAUGGCCUCACUGUCAAGGAGUAACUGCAUGUGGCUAUUUGCUUUAUGUGCAGCAGUUGACACUCCUUUGGAUGCCGAUAGUUGUGCUUCUCUUCGAAGUCUGCUUCGGAAGUGUGCUAGCUUGAGAGCUCAGAAGUCUGAGGCAGAUGAUGAAGUUGUUAUGCUAAAUAUUCUGGCCACAAUUGCGGGAAGAUAUUUUGGCCAGUCGGAAACCUGAAGGUUCACCCAUCUCAGGGCUUGUAUUUAUGCUGGUUGUAUGAAAUUGUUAAGUUCUUAAUCAGCAUGUGGUUCUAUGCUCUAUCAUAUUAUGAAGAAAUUUUGAGGUUUUUGGAGAGAAACAACCAUCAUUUUUCCUAAGCGGAUGCAAGGUUUGUGGAACAAGUAAGACAAAUGCAGUUGUUUAGUUUGUGAAUGUUUUGCAAUUUUGAACGAUCCAGUGUGUUGUAUUGCAAAGAGAAAUGUUGGACGGUAUGCAGGUUGUUGAAAUGAUUAUAACUUAAGCAAUUAUUCUGUGGUAGCAUAUUUUCCUUUCAAGGAAAUCAUAAUACUCAUAAAGAAAGUUUUUAACUCUUUGCA